AACAGUCCUAGACAAGGACUUUCAGGCCCGGCCUCGAAUUUCCACCGGGCUAUUUAUCAUGCCCUAAUGAUCAGCAAAUCUGCCUGAGAUGAGCAUAGUACAUGGCCCAAGUAAGCAACCGGUGAACCAAAUCCUAUGGUUGAUUCUUCAAGCCCAAGCCCUCAAACCUUAAACCCCCCGAAACCCCAAAACCCUCGCAAACCUUGGCAGUUCCGAAGGUCACUUCCAUUCCCACUGCUUGCUGCAGAGUCCCAAGGCUCAGACGCAGAAAAUGACUGCGCCCUCCUCCUCUUUCCGCCUCCUCAGGCGCGCAUUCUCCACCACCCCGCCGCCCGCCGGCGGCUCGGCCGCCACCCUCAGGUCGGCCCACGACUUCCUCUACAAGGAGCGCAGCUUGAAGCGCCUGGUCGCGCAGUUCAAGAAGUCGUCGGCCUUCGACCACUUCCGCACCAAGAUCGGCACGUACCAGUACGCCGUCCGCCGCCUCGCCUCCGCCAGGCGCUUCGACAUGGUCGAGGAGAUCCUCGAGGAGCAGAAGAAGUACAGGGACAUCGCCAAGGAAGGGUUCGCGGUGCGGAUCGUCAGCUUGUACGGACGCGCGGGCAUGUUCGAGCAUGCCCAGAAGCUGUUCGACGAAAUGCCUGGGCUGAGCUGUGAGCGCACGGUGCUGUCUUUGAAUGCCCUCUUGGGUGCUUGUGUUAAUUCCAAGAAGUUUGAUAAGAUGGAGGAGCUGUUCCGCGAGUUGCCGGGAAAGUUGUCGGUCGACUGGGACUCUGUUUCCUAUAAUACUGUUAUAAAGGGGUACUGCGCGAAGGGUUCUUUGGAUUCUGCGAUUUCAAUGCUUGAUGAGAUGGAGAAGAAGGGCUUGGAGCCAGAUUUGGUCACGUUCAAUACGCUCCUCUCUGGGAUUUAUCUGGGUAACAGAAGUGCUGAUGGGGACAAAAUAUGGGCUAGGAUGGAGGAGAAGAACAUAGUUCCUGAUGUCAGGAGCUACAAUGCAAAGUUACAUGGAUUGGUUUCACAGAAGAAAAUGAAGGAAGCUGUUGAGACGAUUAAACAAAUGAGGAUGAAGGGAACCGACCCAGACAUUUUUAGCUUCAAUACUUUGAUGAAGGGCUAUGCUGAGUGUGGUAAUCUGAACGAUGCUAAACUGUGGUAUAGUGAAAUAGGAAAGAGUAAUUUCGACCCAGAUAAGAUGACAUUUGGGACGCUAAUUCCACUUGCUUGCCAGAAGGGAGAUGUUGACUUUGCAUAUGAGCUGUGUGAAGAGAUUUUCAAGAUUCAAUGCCUUGUUGAUGGGGCAUUAUUGCAGCUUGUUGUUGAUGAGUUGGUGAAGGAGUCAAGGAUUGAGGAAGUGGAGAAGCUUGUGCAGCUUGGGAAGGUAAAUAAGUACCGCCGUUAUAGCUUGCUACUUCCAGCCAGCAAGUAAACGUGGCUGUAGGUCUCUUGGUUUUUGCUUACUUGAUUUGAAAUCAAUAAUCUCAGUGCAAAUUUUAAGGCUGAAAAGGAAUUUCUCGGUGCUAACAUCUCGGUGGUUUAGCUUCGAAAUGAAGUUCGGUGAUCCAUCCCUGUACUCUUACUUAACAUGAAGUAUUCAAUACUUUGAUGUUUUUGUAUCUAUCCAAUGUAAUCUCUUUUUGAAUUUUGAUAGUACUAGGAGCAGGUUAUUUGUUACUGAGAUAUUAAGAUUACAGGCAGUUGGCCAAGAUAGUGUUUCAUUGCUUCUUAGUUGGCAAUGGUUAUUCCUAAUGGUUGCUAUUUAGUUCCAAUGCUGUCAUUAAGUA